CUGAGAAGGUGACUUCUCUGGGGAAGGACUGGCACCGGCCCUGCUUGAGAUGUGAGAAGUGUAACAAGACCCUGACAUCUGGAGGCCAUGCAGAGCAUGAUGGCAAGCCGUACUGCAACCACCCCUGCUAUGCUGCCUUGUUCGGGCCCAAAGGGUUCGGCCGGGGAGGAGCUGAGAGCCACACAUUCAAGUAAACCUCAGGUCUGAUGGUUCCCAGCACAGCCUGAAGACAGCACAAACGCACCGCAAUAGACAUGCAUUUUUACUUUGAAUUCACUCUGUACUAGACUAGCACAUUAAAAGCAAUAAGUAACCAAGGCUGGGCCUGGUGCGGAGAGGGGCUCUGCUCCAGAUGGAGCGCUGCCGGCGUGGGGGCGUUGGGACGCCCUGCCGGAUAGGAAAUUUGGCCAGUAUUGCCGAAGGCCGCCUGGAGAGGAGACCGCACCCUUCCAGCCAAAACCCAGCCCUGCUUCUGGCACCCACCUCUUAUGGCUGGGCCCACAGUUGUAUUCUCAGUCUUUAAUAAACCCAGUCCGAAAGAUGCUUC